AAGUGAUCAGUUGGGCUUCGGUGAAGCUAGUUCGGGAUUUAUUUAACUUUUUUUUUAUUUUUAAGUGACUGUGGAAGUUUGGACUGAUUGUUAAGGUUUAAUAGGAAUUUAAAUUUAAAAAUGGCACCACGAUCAGAAGAGAAUCAACCACGUGAUGUGUUGACUGGCCAUAAGGUCGAGCAAUACAUCGCAACUAACCAAAUAGAAGAAAAACCAUUCAAAACAGAAAUAGUUUGGAAGAAUGUGGCAGCUUUUGUGUUCUUGCAUUAUUGCGCAUUUCAAGUUUACCAUUUCUAUAGACGUGAUUUAUUUAUGUUCCACACAAUCUACGGCUUUAUUGCUGGAUAUGGAAUCGUUGCCGGAGCUCAUCGACUUUGGUCGCAUCGAAGUUUCAAAGCAAAUUUUCCACUUCAAGUUUUUCUCAUGAUUCUUCAGACAAUAUCAAUGGAAAAUGACACAAUUGAGUGGGUUCGUGAUCAUCGAGUUCAUCAUAAGUACAGCGACACAAAUGCCGAUCCAACAAAUUCAAAUCGUGGCUUUUUUUUCUCGCACAUGGGAUGGUUGAUGUGUAAGAAGCAUCCUGAUGUGAAAAAGUAUGGAGCAAAGAUCGAUAUGAGUGAUGUUGAGGCUGAGCCGGUAUUGCAGUUUCAGAGGAAGUAUUACUACCCGCUAGUGUUCCUCUUCAGCUUCUUCAUCCCGAUGUCAAUCUCCAUGUACUUCUGGCCACUUACAAUCUGGCAAGCCUUUUGUGCUGUAAUCUGCCGUUAUGUUCUCUCACUUCACAUUGUUUGGUGCACAAAUUCAGUUGCACACAUCGGAAGUUGGAAGCCAUACGACAAGACUAUUGCAGCAUCAGACUCACUUAUCAAUGGAACAUUCACAUUUGGUGAAGGCUGGCACAACUUCCAUCACACAUUCCCAUGGGAUUAUAAAGUUUCUGAGAAGCCAUUGUAUAGACAUAAUUUUGGAAUGAUAUUGAUUGACUUCUUUGCAUGGAUUGGAUGGGCGACAGACUUGAAAGUUGCAUCUGAGGAUUUAAUCAGAAAGAGAGUUUUGAGGACUGGCGAUGGAAGUCAUCCGUAUGCUAUUGAGGAAGCUAGAAAGAAGAAAAUGAAUGAGGAUUAUUUGAAUAAUAAUGUUUGUGACACUGAAAUUAGUACUGAAGCUUCAUCGGAGGUGUUUUGGGGAUUAGGUGACACUGACAUGCCGAAAGAAGAAAUCCAAGGAAUUACAACAUUAAAUAAGAAAUUUGAGUAAUUAAAAACAUUAAUUAACAGAGCAUGUUGUUUUGUUGUCCGAUAUCUCCGUCAAUGUCAAUAUUUGGCACUCAUCCAUAAGUGAAAAUCAUUGCAUCAUCAUCCAUUAAAUUUACUGUUUUUUAAAUUGUCAAAAAAUUC